AGGGAAAGAGAGAGAGAGAGAGACGGAGAGAGAGAUAGAGAGAGAGAGAGAGAGAGCUGAGCCUCCGGGAGCCUUGCUGAGCCGGUAGCGUCGCACAGGGUGGGACCUCCUCUGGGCGAAGGAUGCUAACCAGGAAGAGACCAGGAGACAGGAGGAGGAGAGAGGCCGGAGCCAGCGAAAGUUAGGGAGAGCCGGGAGGACAGCCGGGAAAAAAGAGCCCGGAAAAGAGCCAGGAGGUGAGCGGGGAGGACAGCCGGGAGGAGGGAGCGGUGGGAAAGGUGGUCCGGAGAAGGGAUCCCCUUCCCCUUGGCCCCCAGGGCGGGCCAGCGUCCUGCCGAGCAGCGGGCCGGAGGAGGCCUCGAACCCGGGCCCGGGGGAGUAGGAGACCCCCUCCCUGGCCAGCCCGGACCACCCGCUCUCCCGACAUAACGCGCUCAAGCAGCUCCCCCGCGGGGCCACUCGGACGCCGAGGACGACGCCGCGGUCUGAGUGGACCAGGACGGGCCGGACGGCUCUGCCCAGGGCGGCAUGCACGGCCCCAGCCGGAACGGGCAGGCCCACGGCCCCCGGCGGAAGCGCCGCAACCGCUUCGUCAAGAAGAACGGCCAGUGCAACGUGUACUUCGCCAACUUAAGCAACAAGUCCCAGAGGUACAUGGCAGACAUCUUCACCACCUGCGUGGACACGCGCUGGCGCUACAUGCUGAUGAUCUUCUCUGCGGCCUUCCUGGUCUCCUGGCUCUUCUUCGGCCUCCUCUUCUGGUGCAUCGCCUUCUUCCACGGGGACCUCGACGGGGGUCCAGGCCCGGGGUCGGCGGGGGGAAGCGAGAAGGGGGUAGGGGGGGCGGGGGUAGGGGGUGGGGGUCCCCCACCGCCCCCGGCCGUCAAACCCUGCAUCAUGCACGUCAAUGGCUUCCUGGGGGCCUUCCUCUUCUCCGUGGAGACGCAGACCACCAUCGGCUACGGCUUCCGCUGCGUGACCGAGGAGUGCCCCCUGGCCGUCAUGGCCGUGGUCGUCCAGUCCAUCGUGGGCUGCGUCAUCGACUCCUUCAUGAUCGGCACCAUCAUGGCCAAGAUGGCCCGGCCCAAGAAGCGGGCCCAGACCCUGCUGUUCAGUCACCACGCGGUCAUCUCUGUGCGCGACGGCAAGCUGUGCCUCAUGUGGCGAGUGGGCAACCUGCGAAAGAGCCAUAUCGUGGAGGCCCACGUGCGCGCCCAGCUCAUCAAGCCCUACAUGACGGAGGAGGGCGAGUACCUGCCCCUGGACCAGCGGGACCUCAACGUGGGCUACGACGUGGGGCUGGACCGCAUUUUCCUCGUGUCGCCCAUUGUCAUCGUGCACGAGAUCGACGAGGAGAGCCCCCUCUACGGCAUGGGCAAGGAGGAGCUGGAGGCCGAGGACUUCGAGAUCGUGGUCAUCCUGGAGGGCAUGGUGGAGGCCACGGCCAUGACCACCCAGGCCCGCAGCUCCUACCUGGCCAGCGAGAUCCUCUGGGGCCACCGCUUCGAGCCCGUGGUCUUCGAGGAGAAGAGCCACUACAAGGUGGACUACUCCCGCUUCCACAAGACCUACGAGGUGACCGGCACACCCUGCUGCUCGGCCCGGGAGCUCCAGGAGAGCAAGAUCACCGUCCUGCCCGCCCCGCCGCCGCCGCCCUCCAGUGCCUUCUGCUACGAGAACGAGCUGGCCCUGGUCAGCCAGGAGGAGGAGGAGGAGCUGGACGAGGAGGAGGAGGAGGAGGACGAGGAGGCGGCCACCGCGGCUCUGGGGCUGGACGGCGGCUCCAAGGAGGAGGGAGGCAUCAUCCGCAUGCUGGAGUUCGGCAGCCACCUGGAUCUGGAGCGGAUGCAGGCCACGCUCCCACUGGACAACAUCUCCUACCGCAGGGAGUCUGCCAUCUAGCCCCGCCCACGACACGACCACGUCCCCAGGUCACGCCCUCCCCAGACCACGGCCUCCCCAGACCACGGCCUCCCCAGGCCACGGCUUCCCCAGGCCAUGGCCUCUCCGGCCAAGCCCCUCCUAGAACCCCUUGCGGAGCAGGGGAAGAGAUGGGAGUCAAGGUGACAAACGCUGGUCGGUCCUCCUCUUCCUCCUCCUCUGGUAUCUUCUGCCUCAGUUUACCCCACGGGGGCCGGGCAGACUCCGGGAGGGGCCAGCUAGCCUCCGGGGAGCUUCAGGGACUGGCAGCGGCUGCCACCUUCCUUCCCGACCUGCCCAGGGAUCUGCCCAGAGCCCUACCUGGGGAUCUGCUCCAGGAUCUGCCCAGUGCCCUGCCCGGAGCUCUACCUGGGGAUCUGCCCCAGGACCUGCUUGGGGAUCUGCCCGGAGAUCUGCCCGGGGCUCUGCCCAGGGACCUGCCCGGGCCCGAUGACAGGAGCUUAGGGGAUGGAGAGGGCAACCAGGCUCGGUGUGGAGGGUGGGGCCCGCGGGGAAGGCCAGCUGGAUGAUUGGGAUGCCCAGGGAUGAGGGUGGGGGGCGAGUUUCUCUUGCAUGUUUUCGGCCUGUGGCAAACGACUUUCUUUUGUACAUAUGGUACGUUUAAAAAAAGAGAGAGGUUGAGAAACUAAAUCCAUGUUCUUCCAUUCCACACGCUGGACGAGGAGACGAAGCCGUGGACCGCGCCCCUCCCACCGGGCCCCCCCCAGGCAGAAGGCCCCAGAGCCUCCCCCCAUGCCCAUUGGCCCAAAUCGCCCCAGCCCCACGUCCCCUGACCCCCGGCUCCCCCUGCCCUCCCAGAUGAGGGGGGCUCAGGUGGACCCCACCCAAGGAGGGACUGUGGUGAGCUCCCCUCUGCACCAACUCCUUGACCCUGUGCACAGCUGUACAAUGGAAUUUGUAAUUAUUUAUUUUUAAUAAAGUAUACGAACUGUGGGGCAGUCUGGAAAAACAA